CUUUCCCACCCGCCCUGAUUUCACAGGGAUAACCGUUUUAUUUGUUUUUGUUUUUCGCGUUUCUUGCCUCUCACAGAAUGGCCCGGUUUGGAGACGACGUUCCCAGCACGCUGGGACCCGGGGACGGAGGUUCGGAGCGAAUCGGGGACAGUGAGGGACCUGCCGGGUCCGCCGGAGGAGGCUCGGCGUCACUGAAACAGACCAAAGCGCAGAGGGCUCGCACCAUGGCCCUGUACAACCCCAUCCCCGUAAGGCAGAACUGUCUCACCGUCAACAGGUCGCUUUUCAUUUUCGCAGAAGACAACAUUAUUAGGAAGUACGCAAAGAAGAUCAUAGAAUGGCCUCCUUUUGAGUACAUGAUCCUGGCCACCAUCAUCGCCAACUGUGUGGUCCUGGCCCUGGAGCAGCACCUGCCGGGAGAGGACAAGACCCCCAUGUCCAAGAGGCUGGAGAAAACAGAGCCCUAUUUCAUCGGAAUCUUCUGCUUCGAGGCGGGGAUCAAGCUGGUGGCACUGGGCUUUGUGUUCCACAAGGGCUCAUACCUGCGCAAUGGCUGGAACGUGAUGGACUUCAUUGUGGUGCUCAGUGGGAUUCUGGCUACUGCAGGGGCGCACAUGAACAUCCCAGUGGACCUGCGGACUCUCAGGGCAGUGCGGGUGCUCAGACCCCUCAAACUCGUCUCUGGGAUCCCCAGUCUGCAGAUCGUGCUGAAGUCGAUCAUGAAGGCGAUGGUGCCCCUCCUGCAGAUCGGCUUGCUGCUCUUCUUCGCCAUCCUGAUGUUCGCCAUUAUCGGCCUGGAGUUCUACAGCGGAAAACUGCACCGUACCUGCCUACCACUGCCCAACAUCCUGGAGAAUGAGACGGUGGACUCCUCUGAGUGGGAGUUUCCCUGCGGAGUGAGGAAGUGUCCUGAAAAAUACGACUGCAACGGCACGUGGAGUGGCCCCAACGACGGCAUCACACAGUUCGACAACAUCCUGUUCGCUGUGCUCACAGUCUUUCAGUGCAUCACCAUGGAGGGCUGGACCGCCGUCCUCUACAACACCAACGAUGCCUUAGGCCCCACCUGGAACUGGCUAUAUUUCAUCCCACUAAUAAUAAUCGGCUCCUUCUUUGUGCUGAACCUGGUGCUGGGAGUCCUGUCAGGGGAGUUCGCCAAGGAGAGGGAGAGAGUGGAGAACCGGCGCGCCUUCAUGAAGCUAAGGAGACAGCAGCAGGUCGAGAGGGAGCUCAAUGGCUACCGGGCCUGGAUCGACCGAGCAGAGGAGGUCAUGCUAGCGGAAGAGAAUAAGAACUCAGGAACAUCCGCUUUAGAUGUGCUUAAAAGAGCCACCAGCAAGAAGACCCGUCUGGGUGGGGUUCGGCGUGGACCAGGAGAGGACAAGUACGCGGACAUGUCAGCCGGGGGUGUGCCGAGGGCCAGGUUCAGCCUGGGCACAGCAAAGAGGGGCCCGUCGGCGUACUUCCGGCGCAAGGAACGCAUGCUGCGCAUCUCCAUCCGGCGCAUGGUGAAGACCGACAGCUUCUACUGGACUGUGCUGGGCCUGGUGGCCCUCAACACCAUCUGCGUGGCCAUCGUGCACCACAACCAGCCCGACUGGCUCUCCGUCUUCCUCUACUAUGCGGAGUUCGUCUUUCUGGGCCUGUUCCUCAUGGAGAUGUUUCUGAAAAUGUACGGCCUGGGACUUAGACUCUACUUCCACUCCUCCUUCAACUGCUUUGACUGCGGGGUGAUCGUGGGCAGCAUAUUCGAGGUGGUGUGGGGGUUCUUCCGGCCAGGCGUGUCCCUGGGCAUCAGCGUCCUGCGUGCCCUUCGGCUGCUCAGGAUCUUUAAAAUAACAAAGUACUGGGCGUCUCUGAGGAACCUGGUGGUGUCUCUGAUGAGCUCCAUGAAGUCCAUCAUCAGCCUGCUCUUCCUGCUCUUCCUCUUCAUCGUGGUCUUCGCUCUCCUGGGCAUGCAGCUCUUCGGUGGCAGGUUCAUCUUUGAUGAUUACACACCUACGAACUUUGACACCUUCCCAGCCUCCAUCAUGACCGUGUUUCAGAUUCUGACCGGAGAGGACUGGAACGAGGUGAUGUAUAAUGGCAUUCGUUCCCAGGGUGGGGUCCAGUCAGGCAUGUGGUCCUCCAUAUACUUCAUAGUGCUCACGCUGUUCGGGAACUACACUCUGCUGAAUGUGUUCUUGGCCAUCGCUGUGGACAAUCUGGCCAAUGCUCAGGAGCUGACAAAGGUGCAGGAGGAAGAGGAAGAGGAGGAGUUUUUCAAUCAGAGACACGCCCUGCAGAAAGCCAAGGAGGCUGGCCCUAUGUCCUCCCUGAUGUCCUCAGAUAGGAGGAGGAGACACUACCUGUACAGGAAGCGCGCCAUCCACAGGAGCCGGCCCGCCUACGUCGAUGAGGGCGGGGCAGAGAAUGCGUCAGAGCCGGUGGACAGCCAGCCCCUCAACGGCACCCGCAAGGAGAGGAGGAAGAGGAUGAACAUGUCGGUGUGGGAGCAGAGGACCAAUCAGCUGAGGAAGAGGCGGCAGAUGGCGAGCCGGGAGGUGCUGUUCGGCAGCCCUGGCGAGGACCUGGACACGCCGUCCAGCUGCCAGCUGCAGCGCCGGCCGACGCUGUCGCCCGCGGAGAGCCCGCACCGCCUGCCCGAGUCGCCCAUGUCGGUGGCCAUGCCGCUGCCUGAGCCGCCCAUGUGCGUGUCCAUCCCGCUCCCGGAGCCGCCCGAAUCCGAGCCCUUCCCUGUGCCAGACGAGCGUCCCGCGAGGGGCCUCAACGGGAACCGGAGGCAGCGGGUGGUGCGGAGGUUCCGCCCCCCGCCUGGGGGCGGCAUGGGGCCCGAGGAUGGGGCGCGGCCCCGGAGACACCGGCACCGAGAGUCCCGCCCGGACAUGCGCAGCCGGGACACCUCGCAAGGGCAGGAGGGGCCCCAGGGCGGCUCGACGAGGAGCCGGGCAGUGGAGGGCGAGCCGGAGGAGAGGACGGAGAGAGAGGAGAGGGAGGAGAGAGAGGAGAGACCGGCGCAGGGUGGGAGGGCAGAGGUCGAGGGAGACGGCCCCCUGGCAGAGAGAGGAGAGGAGCAGGCGAGGUUGGGUGAUGCUGAGCUGCCGGAGUUUCCCGCGUUUGCUGAGAACCAGGAGAUGCAGCCCAUGCUCAGCCCCCCGCAGCAGGAGGAGGGGGAUGCAGGGGCCUGCCAGCAGGGGGAGCCGCCCCCGCAGCGGGUCCUGGAGGAGUAUGUCCUCGAGGCCUCGGACCUCACCCUCGCUGUGAACGAAGCCGAGAAUAACCCCGCCUCUCUGAACCGGGACGACCCCGCCCUGGACUCCAGCGUGAUGAUUGAGAUGGCAGGUGUGCAGUCACUGAUGGAGCUCACCCCCAUGACAGGGAACAGUAAGGACACAGAGGCUGCCAGAUCUGAGAAGGAGGAGGAGGAGGAGGAGGAGGAGGAGGAAGGCCCCACCAAACCCAAGCCUGUGCCACCGGACAGCAUGUUCAUCUUCAAGUCCUCCAAUCCAAUCAGGCGGGUGUGUCACUAUGUGGUGACCCUUCGUUACUUCGAGAUGACCAUCCUGCUGGUGAUCGUGGCCAGCAGCAUUGCCCUGGCGGCCGAGGACCCCGUCUGCACCAACUCCGAGCGCAACAAAGUUCUCCGUUACUUUGACUACGUCUUCACUGGAGUGUUCACCUUUGAAAUGAUCAUUAAGAUGAUUGAUCAGGGCCUGAUCCUGCACGAUGGCUCAUAUUUCCGUGAUCUGUGGAAUAUUCUGGACUUCAUUGUGGUUGUGGGAGCUCUGAUCGCCUUUGCCCUGACGAAUUUGAUUGGGAACAAUAAGGGUCGAGAUAUCAAGACCAUCAAGUCCCUUCGAGUCCUACGAGUCCUGAGACCUCUCAAGACGAUUAAAAGACUCCCUAAACUCAAGGCCGUGUUUGACUGCGUGGUGACCUCCCUGAAGAACGUCUUCAACAUCUUGAUCGUCUAUAAGCUCUUCAUGUUCAUCUUUGCUGUCAUCGCCGUCCAGCUCUUCAAGGGGAAGUUUUUCUACUGCACUGACGGGUCGAAGGACACGGAGAAGGAGUGCCAGGGGUACUACAUCGAUUAUGAGAAAGACAAGAAGGAGGUGAAGAAGAGGGAGUGGAAGAGGCACGAGUUUCACUACGACAACGUCAUCUGGGCCCUUCUCACUCUGUUCACCGUGUCGACCGGAGAGGGCUGGCCACAGGUCCUGCAGCAUUCUGUGGAUGUGACGGAGGAGGACAGGGGUCCGAGCCGGGGGAACCGCAUGGAGAUGUCCAUCUUCUACGUGGUCUACUUUGUGGUCUUCCCCUUCUUCUUCGUCAACAUCUUCGUGGCCCUCAUCAUCAUCACCUUCCAGGAGCAGGGUGAUAAGAUGAUGGAGGAGUGCAGCCUGGAGAAGAAUGAGAGGGCCUGCAUAGACUUUGCCAUCAGUGCCAAACCGCUGACCCGCUACAUGCCUCAGAACCGGCAGACUUCCCAGUACCGGCUCUGGCACUUUGUGGUGUCCCCCUCGUUUGAGUACACCGUGCUGACCAUGAUUGCCCUGAACACCGUGGUGCUGAUGAUGAAGUAUUACUCAGCUCCAGCGGCCUACGACACCGUCCUCAAGCACCUGAACACGGCCUUCACUGUCCUCUUCUCCCUUGAGUGCAUCCUCAAGAUCCUUGCCUUCGGCUUCAUGAAUUACUUCCGGGACACGUGGAACAUUUUUGACUUCAUCACCGUCCUGGGCAGCAUCACUGAGAUCGUGGUGGACCUGCAGUCAGUGAACACCAUUAACAUGAGUUUCCUGAAGCUGUUCCGCGCUGCACGGCUCAUUAAGCUGCUGCGGCAGGGCUACACCAUCCGCAUCCUGCUCUGGACCUUCGUGCAGUCCUUCAAGGCUCUUCCCUACGUGUGCCUGCUGAUCGCCAUGCUGUUCUUCAUAUACGCCAUAAUCGGCAUGCAGGUGUUUGGAAACAUCAAACUGAACGAUGAAAGUCACAUCAACCAGCACAACAACUUCAAGACCUUCUUCAGUGCCCUCAUGCUCCUAUUUAGGAGUGCCACGGGGGAGUCCUGGCAGGAGAUCAUGCUGUCCUGCCUGGGGGGUCAGGAGUGCGAGCCUGACCCCUCCAUUGCCCCGCCCUUUAUGUCCCCGGACCACGAGGGCGGCUGCGGCACUGACUUCGCCUAUUUCUACUUCGUCUCCUUCAUCUUCUUCAGCUCCUUCCUGAUGCUCAACCUGUUCGUGGCCGUGAUUAUGGACAACUUCGAGUACCUGACGCGAGACUCCUCCAUCCUCGGGCCUCACCACCUGGACGAGUUUGUGAGGAUCUGGGGGGAGUACGACCGCGCAGCAUGUGGGCGUAUCCACUACACUGCCAUGUACGAGAUGCUGACCCACAUGUCCCCUCCGCUUGGCCUCGGCAAGAAAUGCCCUGCCAAAAUCGCCUAUAAGCGGCUGGUCCUGAUGAACAUGCCGGUGGACGAGGACAUGUCCGUCCACUUCACCUCCACGCUGAUGUCCCUGAUCCGCACGGCCUUGGAGAUCAAGAUUGCGCGAGGAGGGGAGGACCGGGAGCAGCUGGACGCUGAGCUUCAGAAGGAGAUCAGCAUCAUCUGGCCACACCUGUCCCAGAAAACGCUGGACCUGCUGGUGCCGCUCAACACAGACAGCACCAUGACGGUUGGAAAGAUCUAUGCUUCCAUGAUGAUUAUGGACUAUUACAAGCAGAGCAAAGCCAAAAAGCUGAGGCAGCAGCUGGAGGAGCAGAAGCAUGCAUCCAUGUUCCAGCGCAUGGACGCCUCCUCUCUGCCUCAGGAGAUCCUCUCCAGCGCCUCGGCACUGCCCUUCCUGUCCCACAGCGCGGGCUCUGCACUGACCAGAGGGGGUUUCGUGGCUCUGAGCCCCAUCUCCCCUCAGGAGCUGUUUAUGCAGCCCGGAUCAGCAGGGAUGGAGGACAGUGAGGACUACCACCCCCUGCACCCUCACCAGCAAGCUCGGGUACGGGAGAGCAGGGAGUUACACACACAGGUGACUCCGCUGCAGGUGCCAGGGAGGGUGGGGUCGGCCCGGGCCUCCUCUCUACCUCACCUGGCGGUAGAGACACAGGUGGUGACAGACGGCAGCUCGAUGAAGCGCUCCUUCUCCACCAUCGGUGAGCAGCGGGUGAACGGACUGUGGCGGGACGAGCACUCCAUGGAGAGGGUGAGCCCCGAGCGGGCCCACAAACCCCGGCAGCGGAGCUACAAGGGAGCAGGCUCCAGGGCGGGGCACUGGCACCAGGGUGACCGGGAGAGGGGCCGGUCCCGCGAGCGGCGACACCUGCUGUCCCCAGACCCUUCGCGCUGCAACUCGGAGGAGAGAAGCCAGCCGCGGUCACGCACCCCCAGCGAGAGCCGGGAGCACACGCCCCACAAAGAGGGUAACAGCUCGGACAGCCCAGUCCCGUCCACCUCAGAGUCCAGCACCCCCAGCGGCCGGCGGCAGACGCCCGCGCGGGUACGCCCCCACAUCUCGUACUCCCCGCUGGUGUGCCACGCCCACUCCUCCCCGCCCGCGGGUGACGGGCGCGGCCCGCUGCCCCAGGAGGGCGAGUGGGAGGAGGGAGAGGAGGCGGCGGCGGGGGCGGGGCUGGGGCUGGGGGGCGGGGCCUACACCUCGGAGCCUUACCUGGCUCUGCAGGAGCAGGAUGAGCGGCACAGCCCCGACUCCGCCGGCCAGCAGGAGACGCUCACCUUCGAGGCUGCCGUGGCAACCAGCCUGGGCCGCUCCAACACCAUCAGCUCCGCCCACCAGCUGCGGCACGCCUGGCAGGUGCCCAACGGCCACUUCCGCAAGCGCCUGGCGCAGUCCACCUCCGUGGCCGGCGGGGAGCUCUUCAGUGACGCCGAGGAGGACGACCGCUGCUGAGAGGGGGAGCGAAGCGGAGGGAAGGAGGGGAGAAAAACGAGAG